UACGUACGUACAUAAUUCUUCAAGUCGAUUACGUCCACAAAAGUCAUAUCAUUCCGAUCAGGAUCAUUUUGCAUUAAGAACCUUUAAAACCGACCCCGAGUAAUCCAAGUAAGAUCAGUUCUCACUCAACUUUAGAGGCUACGGUCAGCCCCAUUUCAGCAACGAACCAACACCAACACCUUAAUGUGUAGUAAAUAAUUUGGAACUUUUCCAUCCUUUCAUUCACCACACAAACAAAACAAAACUGAAUCGAAUCUGAAUCAACUCUGGAAAAAUAAACAAAAUUUAAAGGCUGAUUUCACAACCCAAAAUUUACAAAAUACACACACGAGCAUAAACGGUGCGUGGAAAGUUUUAGACAAGCAGCAGCAGGAACGUUGUUGCUCUCCUUUGAUUCAGCCACCACGACAAUUAAUAAACAGUGCACUGACCAAGAUCAAGAAUUGCUCGUCCUUCGGUGUUGGUCGUUGCAUCCUACGUCGUUUCACCAUUUCAGUCGUGUCUGUCGUGGCGAAAUUGAUUUUAAAUGGAAAAGGAUCCUCCUCCUCCCAAGCUCAAAUUUGAGCUUACCUUCAAUCUGACUUUUCUGCACAACGUCUGCAGAUUUUCCUCUCGAAAUUGUGUGGAGGAAGAGUCCUUCUCACAAACCUCUGAAGGCUCACUUUUCCUCAGAUGACUCAAAGUCAACAGCAACUGAGUAGGAAUAUUAUUAUUAUUAUUAAUCAACAACCCUUCGUCGAGACCUCCUCGUCAGUAUCAACAACGGUACCAUCUCAACCAACUGCCUAGGAAGGAAGAAGACAUAACAAAUUUUAUGUAUAGUUAAGAACAAGUAGUUACCACAUAUUAUCAGUCAAAAUACGUUCAAGUCAUCGAGAGGCAUUUAUUUUUUUAAGUCGUCGCCUUCAUGUGAAUUAAAUCAUAAGAUCAGAAUUAAGUCGUAGAGUGGGAGACAAGAUGUGCAUCCACUACAAAGUUCAAAUGGGAUUUAUGGAAUAUCUUAUCUCAAUGUUUUGGUACCUCUGAACCAAGUCUUCUAAUCUGAUCUAAUCCAUUUUAAAACCUAACCCAACAUAUCAAUAGUUAACCAAUAGUUCUUCUAAUUGUUAGCAAAUAUUUAUUACCAGUGGAAAUAGUUAAGCAACUUAGUAUAUAAUUGUUAAUCAUCGCCAUGUCACUGGAUUUCUUGGCCGGAUGUGUGGGGGGUGCUGCCGGGGUUAUCGUGGGACAUCCUCUGGAUACUGUAAAAGUCCGCCUGCAGAUUCAAAGUUCAGACAACAUAAAAUACAAAGGAACCUUUGACUGUCUCAGAACUAUUGUGAAACACGAAGGCUCACGAGGUUUGUACAAAGGAAUCAGUUCCCCCCUUUUCGGAGUUGCUGGAGUAAACGCCUUAAUUUUUGGAGUCUACGGUUCUUUGCGACCCUACGUUCACGGAGAACCCGGACAUGGAGCGCUAUGGGCGCAUUUCGCUGCUGGUUCCGUGUCAGGGGCAGUGCAGUCCUUCAUCGCGUCCCCAAUGGAACUGGUCAAGACGAGAAUGCAGGUCAACGAGUCUCAGGCCACCCCAAGCACCUCCUCCCCAAACAAAGCCCCCAGCUCGAUGGAAGUGUUGCGAUCCAUCUACCAGAAGGAGGGUGGCCUCAUACGCGGAGUAUUUAAGGGAUGGGGUGUGACCGUAGCCCGAGAAAUCCCAGGAUUCGGAACAUACUUUGCCACAUAUGAGGCCCUCACCACUCGAAGUCAAGAAGUGGGCACUUUUGGAAUGAUGAUGGCUGGCGGGCUAGCCGGCGUGAUGUCCUGGAUCGUCACGUUCCCAAUUGACGUGGUCAAAACCAGGCUGCAGUCCGACGUGAGUGGCAAGUACAGCGGAGCCAUUGACUGUCUCAAGAAGACGUACCAGGCGGAAGGCUACUCGGCUUUCUCCCGUGGUCUCGUCUCCACCGUCAUCCGUGCUUUCCCCACCAACGCGGCCACCUUCACCGUCGUCACGUGGAUCAUGAGAUGGGCUGAAAGCAACCGGAUUGACAGCGUGGAGGAUGGGCGAGAGUACAUCAAGGACAUUCUCAGUGAAUCCGCCAAGACCUUCGAAGGGUCGUUAAGACUUCCCCUGCCACAUUACUACCUUUCCAGUACCACGAAUGGCGACAGUGCCAACUUUUCACUCGCCUCCAGUUGCCUCAACCUCAGUACAAAAUAUGGACUCAACUCGCAACAUUAUUUCAACUUUUACGAAAGCCUGAGCAGCGGCAAGCAGGGCAGUGAAGAGCAGAAUGGCCUCAUUCGAGAGAAGUUCUCGGAAGCAUUUCGAAACGAGAGAGUCACGGAACAGGCGAAGGCAGAGGCGGAGAGAGAAAUCUUGAUCAGGAAUUUGACCCCAUCUAAUCCGGAUACAUCGAAGCCAACCGGUCCACUUCCUCUCAAAGUGGUCCAAGCUGGUAGUGUGGGAGAGGAAUUCCAGCAGCAGCAAAAGUUGAGCCAAGAGGAAGACGUUGAGGUUGUUGGGGGUGCAGGAGGACACGAUCCCAGCAGUUUUUUCGUCACGGAUGAUGGAUCUCGAACCAUUCUCAUCCUAAACCUGGUGUGCAGAUUGCAGUCCUUCAUCCUUCACUUUUGGGACAAUUUCCUUCCCAGAAUUAAACUUUGCUCGUGUUGGGACGAACACUGCGUUUGUCUCAAUUGAAGAGACGACAACAACACUUUUUUCCUUUCCCAGACGAUUUAAAUAUAUACGAAGGUAGUAAAGUGAAUCCAUUAUGUAAGCUUAUUUUUAUGCUCGAGAGAGCACAUUGAUGCCACGCAGUUGACGCAGGUGUGCUGCUGAGUAUACGACUUACGAAAUUCUAAUUUUCGGACGGGACUUUCAUCAAACUUGUUCCGAGCUAAUUAGCAUAUUGUGUUAUUUGCUGCUACUUACUUACGUACCAUUAAGAUAUUUUGUAAAACAAAACGCUGUUUUUUUACGUGAUUUGUAUGCAACAUUUAUUUGUGUAAAUCUCAUUUACAUACAUGGAGGCAUGCAGUUCUCUAAAUCGUAUAAAAGUGUUUUGCUCUUUUAUGAAUAAGUUAAAUUAUGUAAUUUCACUUAAAAAUUGUCAAAAAUAUUGAUGAUGUGAUGAUGCCAAAAAGCUUGAUGAUAAAUAAGCACAAGAAAUCCGAAUAAAAUAAACACCUGCAGGAAAGCAAAUCUAUAAGCAACUCCAAAAACACUGAAAUCAAAAGCUCGUGGAAACAAUAAAAAUGACUUCCUUUCAGAA